GAUAAAUAAAAAAAUAAAAAAAUCCAAUACAAAAACCCCCGCAGAAAUCGCAAAUCCCUCCAUUUUUUUUCACCCAAGAAACUCUCAACGGUCAUGCUCCACCACGUCCCCCAAGCCGACUCAGACAGAACCACCACCCUUUCUCAUCCAAUUUUCUCAAUAGCCUCCAUUUUCUCCAUUCUCCGACCUCUUUUCUGAGUUUUGAUUCAGCGAAAACUUGGUAUAUUUGAUCGUCAAAUAGUUCCCGUUGGUUAUAUCUUGGAAGCUAUUGUCACAAGUUAUAUAUAAAUUUAAAACAUCGGAGAAAGAAUUGAAUGAAGCCGAAGCGGAAUCCGAUAUCAUCAUCGGAGUCCGCCAUGGAAGAUGAAUAGGAUAUUCACGAGGCCGGCGUCCCACUUCCGCCACAUCCGGCGAACAAUAACCACCCACCACAACAGCACCGGCAUCCACAAACAGCCCAUCAUCCUUGCGGCGGAUCAGCCGCAGCAGCUGGUGAACAUCCUAUGGCGGCAUCAAAUCCUCGAUCCCAACGGCGAAAUCAUCAAUUGGUGGAACCACCUCUUCCUCAUCACCUGUCUCGUCUCCCUCUUCAUCGAUCCCCUGUAUUUCUACCUCCCUUACGUCGGUGGCCCGGCUUGUAUGUCUACCGACAACCGGGCUUCCCCGGCAAUCACCGCUUGCCGGACCUUCACUGACCUUUUCUACCUCCUCCACAUCCUCAUCAAGUUCCGCACCGCUUUCGUUGCCCCCAAUUCUAGGGUCUUUGGCAGGGGAGAACUCGUCAUGGAUAGCACAGAAAUCGCAAAGAGAUAUCUCAGAACUGAUUUCGUGGUUGAUUUAGCUGCUUUUCUUCCAUUACCCCAGAUUGUCAUCCGGUAUGUUAUUCCAGCCACGAAAAAUCGAGGAUCUGGUCGUAACAACAAUACCCUUUCCCUAAUUGUGCUCUUACAAUACAUCCCACGGCUGUUUGUUAUAUUUCCUCUGAAUCAGCGGAUAAUCAAGUCCACAGGUUUUAUCGCUAAGACUGCUUGGGCUGGAGCUGCGUACAACCUCCUUCUCUACAUGUUAGCCAGUCAUGUUCUCGGGGCUUCGUGGUAUCUGGCAUCCAUUGGACGGCAACACUCUUGUUGGAAGGAGCAGUGCAAGAAGGAGUUUACAGCUUUUCCUCCUUGUUCUUAUACAUUUCUGGAUUGUGACAGUGUUGCUGGGAACCUGGAGCGGAACUACUGGCUCAAUGCCACAAAACUUAUCACUCGUUGCGAUGCUAAAAAUGAUGAUUCGGACUUCAAAUUUGGAAUGUUCGCGGAUGCAUUCACCAGCGAAGUUGCUUCAUCGUCAUUCAAGGAGAAGUAUCUUUAUUGCCUUUGGUGGGGUUUGAGAAAUUUGAGUUCAUAUGGGCAAAACUUACGGACCAGCACCUAUCUCGGAGAGACUUCAUUUUGCGUUGUCUUAUGUAUUGGUGGUUUAGUUUUGUUUGCAAGGUUGAUUGGCGACAUGCAGACCUAUUUGCAAUCUAUGACGGUUAGACUUGAAGAGUGGAGGGUUAAGAAAAGAGAUACAGAAGAAUGGAUGAGGCAUCGACAGUUACCUCCAGAACUGCAAGAACGUGUUCGCCGUUUUGUGCAGUAUAAAUGGCUUGUGACAAGGGGGGUCAACGAAGAAUCCAUCCUGCAAUCGUUGCCUUUGGAUCUACGUCGUGAAAUUCAGCGACACCUUUGCCUCAACCUAGUUCGACGAGUCCCCUUCUUCGCGCAAAUGGAUGAUCAACUACUUGACGCCAUAUGCGAACGACUGGUCUCAUCUUUAAGCACGGAAGGCACCUACAUGUUUCGAGAAGGAGAUCCAGUGAAUGAGAUGCUAUUCAUCAUCAGGGGUCAACUUGAGAGCUCCACGACCAAUGGUGGAAGAUCGGGAUUUUUCAACUCCAUCACACUUAGACCUGGUGACUUUUGUGGGGAGGAAUUACUGACGUGGGCCUUGGUUCCUAACUCGAACUUAAACUUGCCCUCUUCAACAAGAACUGUACGUACACUAACUGAAGUAGAAGCUUUUGCCCUCGGAGCUGAAGAACUCAAAUUCGUUGCAAUGCAAUUCAAACAUCUUCAUAGCAAGACGCUGCAGCAUGCGUUUAGGUACUACUCUUCUCAAUGGAGGACGUGGGGAACCUGCUAUAUUCAAGUUGCUUGGAGAAGGUUUAAAAGAAAGAAGCUAGCAAAAGAGUUGGCUCUGCAAGAAGAUCUUUAUUACAGCAACAACAACUAUGCAUACGACGGGUUUGAGGAUGAAGAUAAAGAGGAUUCUGCUGAUGGAAACAAUGGUCAACAACUUGGAGCUACAAUAUUGGCUUCGAAAUUUGCAGCAAACACCAGAAGAGGGGCUAUCCCCAAAGUCCCUGUGGCGCCUGAUCCUUCUUCUUCAAGCCUAAAGAUGCCCACGUUAUUAAAGCCGGAUGAGCCUGAUUUCUCUCUAGAUUGAGGAAGGACUAGUUUAGUUCAAACAACAGAUGUUAAUGAUACGUUAGUUAGGUGUAUAAAUAUAUGAUCUUUUUUGUAAAUUUAAGUAGGUGUUAGGAAGUUUUAACUGUUGACAUACAAGAUUACUCAUAUAAAGAGCUUCGGGAAAGGAAGCAGUACAUGGUCCAUUUUCUGCUGUAAGCUGAAUGAAUGGUGAAGCAUGACUAACAUGUCCUUCAAAUUCUAGUCUCUACCAGCAAAUUGGAGCUAAAACAGCUUAUGAUCCUUCAAGCAACAGGGCUAGAUGCUCUGGCCAUGGUUGACAAUUGAAGAGCCUCUUCUAACUCAUCAACAACUUGGUCCAUGGGAGGCCUUAGCUUCUGCGAUGGUGAGAUGCAUGCCAAAGCCAGCUCAAAUAUGAGCACAAACGCUUGGGUUGAAUACUCACCCUCAAGUCUUGGAUCUGCAAACUCGAAUUUCUUGCCUUCUCUGGCGAUCAAUUUUGCCUGAUCGAAUGAUUUGAUUUUUUUCACCAACACAAAAACGAUACCGAAUGUGAGAGCCAGUUGUUUCAUUUAACCAAUUAAGGAAAACUUUUGCCUUACAGUUUUAUCCAAUCGUUGAGGUUCCUUCAUAUCAAUGUCUAUGGCUUUUCUUCCAGAAAGCAGCUGCAGAAGAACUACUCCAAAGCUGUACACGUCGCCAGCCGAUUGACUCUUCGGUUGCUCUGGUACUCAGGAUCAACAUAACCAAAAGUUCCUCUCACUUCAGAGCUGGCAUGGAUUUCACCCAACUUCAUAAUCUUGGACAAUCCAAAAUCGGAAAGCUUAGCUUCAAAGUUUGCCCCAAGCAGGAUAUUUGUCGGCUGCAAUGCCAAAAUGAAGCAUAAGGAAUCAGGUCUUUUGCUUUCUAAAAUCAACAAUAAUUUUAAAGGAGUUUCCUAAAUGAUGAACUUGCCUUGAUGUCCCGGUGAACAAUGCAUCCUUGAAAAUAUGUAUGCAGAAAACAUAGCCCGCGAGCAGUGUCAAUAGCAAUUUUAAUCCUUUGAAUCCAUGAAAGGACUUGAUCUUCACGGCCUGUUUUCGUUUCAAAAUGAAACUGAUGGAUGUACUGCGUACAUGAAAAUGAUAUGGACAUAAUAACAAGAAAACUUACCGAAUAGCCAUUCCCCCAG